UCAACUCAAAAGUUUGCAAUUUACAAAAAAAUGUAUUGUGGAUGAAUUCUAAACCACUUCCACCGUCGCAUUUACUCCUGUAGUCAACAAUUAUGGCAGCAAAUGUACCUGUGUCAAGAUUAUUCACAUCCGGAAGAUUUGGCUUACCGUGAUCGGAAGAUGCACUAUUCAGACUAAUAUCAGUGUGCAAUACCCGUAAAUAACUGUGAAACCUCUCAUCUUCGUGUUAAAAGGUUUAAAUUAAUUGUAUAAUAUUUUAAAAUGUCUAUGGAGAAAAACUUAUACGACAGUUCCUUGCUGUCCAAAUCGUGGCAACGGGACGAUCCUUCUCGAAAGCCAACGCUACCUUCAACGGGAAGUAAACCGGAUCCGAUGUAUUUCUAUAACCGAACCGUAAGAAAUGACGCUUCUCUAGUUCCGCCUAUUCGUCAAACUGCUUCUAUUUUCAAACAACCUGUAACCGUACAUAAGAAUCAAGAAAGUGUCGUUAAAUACGAUUUGAAGUACGGUCCUCAAGAAAAACCUAAGCAGUUGUUUUGGGAAAAGAGACUCGAAGGGCUUAGGGCUUACGAUACUGACGGAUUCGAGUUACGAGCGAUGGAUCUCCCUUUAGGAUUAAAAGCAGUUGGACCUCAUGUAUCUCAGGAAACGCUACUUCAGUCUGUAGCUACUGCUUUGCACGUAUCUAAUCAUCCUGUUACGGGCCAAACUGGAUCUAGAUCGAAUUUAGAUAAGAAUUCCGGUGUGUUUUUGAAUCCUGAUCAGCCUCUUAUUCAAGCAGUUUCUAUUUGCGAAGAGGAUAUUAAAAAACAAGAAGAUAAGGUUAAUUCGGUCAGGAAGAAGUUACAAGAUGCUAUUAAAUGUAUAAGUUGAAUUUUUGUUUAGGUGCGUUUAGUUUACUUUGCUUUUAAAACUUGACGAUUAAUUUAUGUAGUAUUGGAAUAGUUUAUUACGAUGUGUAAUUCGUAAGCAGAUUUAAUUAUUUUUUGAAAGUUUUUGUACAGAAAUAAGAUUAUGAAUUAGUAUUCUGUAUUGUUGACAGUUUUACCACCGAUAUGGUAUUUUUUAAAUGUAUAUGUAUUGCUUAAAUAUGAUUCAAUCUAAAAAAACGAAUUUUUCCCUAUCUAUAUUAAUGUACUUAUAAUUAAAUUUAUAUUUUUUCAAUUGUGUACAAUUUAAUAAAUAUUUAAAAAUUCACUAAA